GCUUCAUUGCUUGUUCAUCACACAGAAGCCCAACAACAAGGGAAGAGUCUCGGCGGUUCCUAAACCGCGCAUCAUGAAAAGUCGAAAAACACGAGUCAGGACUGCCGAAUAUUGCCAGUCUGCAAGCAGUCGCCGCAUUUGGAUGACCGCCACCCUCUUUCGAUGAGCUCACCGUCCGGCAGCGAACCAUACUCAGCGGCGCCUGCGGGCGAGCGCCAUCAAAAAGCCACCAGUUUCUGACGCAACUCCGCUUGCAUAGGCCCGGUCGAGUCACAGAGCCAAAAACGAACUCGACAAUCUGGUUGUUCCCGUCAUUUUUCCAUCAUCGCGUUGCGCCACACACCGACCAACAGAUAUCGAUGCAACAGACCGACAGGGGCCUCACACCCACGCCGUUCAGCCCGAUUUGGAUCCGGCCCAUGUUGCCUCCUGAAUGGCUGGUGCUUCCCCCGUUGACAUUGCCUUGCCACCUUCCACGUUCUGGUCAGCGCUGGAAACUCGGCAUUGCCCACCAACGACCUUCAAAGCAGUCGAAUUCAGCACCAAACUCUGAAGACACCAUCCCCCAUCGAGCUGCGAGGCCGUCGGUUCAGCUCGAACACCGAGAGGACAAGCAUUGACAAGCCAGACAAGCUUCAUCAAGCUUUGAAGGAUUCCCUUUGGCAUGGCUUGGCCUCUGAGGCGACUACAAGCCAAGUGGACCGAGGAAUUUGUCUGACUUCUCACUUUGCAACACGUGUGCCGUCCCUGUCCGGGAAAUACAAUCAAAGUUGUGCUCGCUUCGAGACGGCAUUUGCUGACAAGCAUGCAUAUUGGUGAGGUAGCACAGCUGUGGUUUCAUAUACACUAGCCGCAUCGAGCAGGGACCAGCACUGAACAUCUCUUGAACCCCUACCAGUUGGGUGGCUUGACGCCCUGCUGACGAUCUUUCCCCUCCCCCGCAAUCCGUCCCUCACGGUCACGAGCUGCCGAGUUGUGAUGGUUUCUGGACGCACCCGUUGCUCACUUAGCGUCGCUGUAGCUUGAACGAGCCGAACUGGAUCUUCUCGAGUUCACAAACGAGCGGUUACUGGCGCCGACCUGCCACUAUUUCUCAUCUCUGUUCAUUUCUGGUCGAUAUGAAGGCUGUUGUGCCAGGACCUGUCAGAUGCAGGUAUUCCCAAGCCGAUGCAACCCCCUACUUCCCCUCGCAUGUGGUGUCCUGCCCUUCUGGCCUCCCAUUCGCUGGCCGGCUGCGACGCCAUCUCCAGAAUGCAAAGAUUCCCUGGGUGCCCAUCUGAUUUGUCGGUAUUUCUCUCACCUUUUUGUGGGGUUGAGAUCCGAAAAAGUACACCAGGCUGGGUCAGGUGCAGCAACCGAAUAUGACGCCUCAGAGGCAAACAUGCCAGCAAGGAGGGUGGCCUUUGACAAGUCUCGAACAUCAACAAGACACAAGAGGAUUGUCUCUUUGAUCCAGCCCAAGCAAGUAUUGACAUGUGUGUCUUGAAUUCUCCUGACUAUAUCGUUGCAUCCACUAUUUGCGAUUGUCUCAUGUGGCCAAGACGGCCAAUGCAGACAAAACAAGGUUUGGACGGCAGGCUACUUCGGGAGCAGGGUUUCUGGGUCAAUCCAAGCUGCCCAGGCACCCGAUCGAUGAUUAGCCGGCAGAGGGUAAUCCACCACCAUCAGAGUGACCCUCCCGACGUCACGCAAGACGUCCCCAUGGGCAUCCUUAACCAGGGGCUGUGGCCGGCGGCACAGAGCCUUCUUUUUUUUUCUGCUUCUUUUAGUAGUCCCCUCACACCCAACCGCGACCACUCCGGCCCUUUGUGCCCCCACUCUCUUCAACAUACCUCAAAUACCUAUAAAAGGAAGAUGGCCUUCUCUCCAAACCACAGUAGUCGCUAGCACCAUCACGACGUCACAACUUAUGAGGCGUGACCUUAUAUUUUUCCACCAAGCCCUCUCUCUCUCUCUCUCUCUCUCUCUCUCUGUGUGUGUGUGUGUGUGUACUACGCCAAACACAACUUCAACAAUAUCCAAUCCCAGCAAGACAAUAACCCUCCAGCCGCAUCACAACAUUCCCAGUGCAUCUUCUCCAAAUCCAUUAGACGCAUUUGCCACACUCACAAUGGCGAGCCAACCCCCACGGCCCCAACUCAGAAAGAAGGCGAGCUUCCGGGACCGCUUCAAGUCAUGGCAGAAAUCGGCUCCUCCCGCUUUGGAGGCAAUUGAGGAACCAAAGCAAAAGUUUGUCUACGAGCCCAAGCAUGCCGCCUCGGACUUUUCGCGCAUGCCAGUGUUGCCAGUGGGCAGCCAGAGACACCGGAUCUUUGACUCCAGGCGAACUGCCCCGUUGCAAAGUUUGCCUGAGGGGACAACAAGACUCAAAGCACGUAGGGGAAGACAGUCAGAAGGGAGGAGAACAGACGACGCAGUGAACCCUCCGCCCCAGUUGGCCCUCCAACAUGAGCUGGCGAGAAGAGAUUCCAAGUCAAAACGAUACUCCUACACUCUGGUAGAGGAUCCGUUGCGGGUUUCCCAAACGGCAGCCGUCCACCAAGUUCCUAUCAGCACCCCACCGAUGAGUUGGGACCCAGCUCCGAAAGAGCUCCGGCAGGCAAGCCACACCCCAACAAGACACCACUCUCACAGUCAGCACACCCGGCAGCCAAGAGCGUCGCCAUCGACAGACUUUGAGUUAUUUCUUGCCCAAGCUGAAGCCGAAGAACGCGCACAUCACGAGGUUGUCUUGCGCCAGAUGUCACAGCGCGCAGCGGCGGCUCAGGCCGCUUAUCCCCAUCGGCCUACUGUCCAUCCCAAUCCCCACACGCAAUUUGCGAGUGCGGUGUCGGAUGUAAGCGCCGCCACCACAGCCGUCGGAGGAAGGACGUCCGCCAGUGGCAGAAGCAAGAACAGCAGCCGGAGAAGUAGAGAUGCUGCGUCCACUGGCACCGGGAAUCGAUCGCAUUCGUCUUUUGCCCAUCCUCUCCCAACAGAAGUCUCCCAACAGCCGCUCGAGCAGCCGAUUCAACGAUUGCGCCACAAAGGACAUUCAAGAAAUCCCAGCUGGGCUACUGGUGCGAGUGUGGAGUUGACGAAGCUUGAUACAUUUGCCGCGGAAACCGCGCCCACUGUGCAACCGGUUCAGGUGUUGGGCGUGGAUGAGGCCUUCAAGCCUCCCCAUACACAAGUUGACCAGCCACGAACGUUGAGACGGCAGUCGAGCAUAGCUCAGAAGAUAGCCGAGUACAUCCGACCUUCUCGACAGGUGGACGGCGGUGUUGGGUACCAGAGGAGUGGAUCCAAACGUCAUAGUCAGGCCAUCCCUAAAGUCGAAACGCUGGCCGAGUAA